UAGAGCCGUUUGUUACCUUUGUUCCAUUCGAAACUUCACAGAGCCGUUGGUUCGCUAGCACACUCAGCACUGAACCACCAGAGUACAGAUCCGCCAAGCACCACAACCUUGCAAGCCGUCCAAAGCCGCCGGCCUGACGCCGCCACCAUGGGGAAGCUCGGAGCCAAGUCUGACUACGAGAGUCUCCGCGACGCCCGCAUCUCUGAGAACAAGGCCCGGAUGGAGCAGCUCGGCCUUCUCCGCUGCGCGGGGGAGCUCAGCGACAUCGCCUCCGCCUCCAGCCACCGCGCGGCCGGGAGCGCGACGCCUCGGAGGACCCCCAGGCCACGGGUGACGAGCAUGACCCCGCUCCGCCGCUCCGGCCGCCUCCUCGCCGCGACGCGUCGCUGUUCCGCCCGGCUGAAUGGGGAGGGCACAGGAGUUACGGCGGCGGGAUCGGAGGAGGAGGAGGAGGAGGAGGAGGAGGAGGAGGAUGCAUGGGAAGACGAUAAGGAGAGGAAGUGGGCGAUGGCGGUGGCCAAGGAGAGAGUACAGGCGCUGCAGGAGAGGCGGUGCGACAGCAGGGGGAGGGGCGGCGUGUACGAUCCUGUUCUUGGGAUCUGCUGCCAUUUCUGCAGGCAGAAGAAAUUGUGCGGCGAGGAGGACUGCAAGCGCUGCGGGGAAGGAGACCUGAAGCAGCCAUGCCUAGGAAAGACGGAGUGUUCAUCUUGCCAUUCUUCUAAUGGGAUACUCUGCCGUGCUUGCCUGAAAGUUAGGUACGGCGAAGAGAUGGAAGAGGUGAGAAAGAACAAGAAUUGGAUGUGCCCUCACUGCGUUGAGGAGAAGGGUAUCAAGAAAUUCUGGAUCUGCAACAGCUCCUUCUGCUUGAAGAAGAGGAAGAUACCAAUACCACCGACUGGGAUUGCCAUAUAUAAUGCAAGAGAGCAAGGAUACGAGUCAGUUGCGCACCUCCUCAUGGACAGGCUGAAGCGACAAGCUUUCUGAUGACGACUGGUUUUGGCAUGUUCACUUCUGCAGCGAACAGCGACCUCACAUAGAGAUUGUAGUGACGGUCUCUUGUCUGACGACAUCUGUUUUGGCAUGUUCACUUCUGCAGUGGUUUAGUGAUGAUGGUAGAGAUUGUAGUGAGAGUCCGUUUUCUGGAAGUUUCGAUGAUAGGCUCUUAGCCUAUAGGAGAAAAUGGUUCUGUUGAAAUGACUUUUGCCCAAGAAUGAGGCUAGGAACUCUCGGUAGUCUUAUGUUUCAGGAGUGGCAGCUUGUCUGUUUCUUUUUGUAACCGAAUUUUGUUGAGGGUCAGAGCAAGGAUGAUGCAUAUGCACAGCCCAUUUAUUUUCUGGGUUUGAACGUAAAGCCAA